AUGUCUGAGACUGCCAACGACAACCAUGGCAUUGGUUCGGCCCAAAGUCAUCCACCCUUACCGAAUUUAUCAAGCAAUGCUCCAGGAAGCGAAAAUACGAUGAAAAGUACCGAUACUGUGCUUAGCGAUGAGCUACCAACAUCUCAACUGGUUCCACGCGUGAGCAACUCAGAAGAGAAGCACAGCAAACUGCCCAAGUUUCAAGCAGUUUUUCCCGCAAUGCCACCAUUAGGCACUAAUUUAAACGAUGUAAGCGUCAAAAAUGAACGAGCUAAUGAUCACACAAAGAAGGGAAACGACACCGACCGCUCAGAAAGUGUCGCUACACACCACCAUCACCAUCACCAUCAUCAUUACCACCACACCCAUCAUCGCCCGAACCAUUCACAACAUUCAGUGGCUACUGCUCCAGAGCAAAAUCUGGGCAACACAGUGUCUUCCUUGGCCACGGCAGAACGCAAAGAUGAAGCGCCAUCUCCUUCAAAACGAGAAGAAGUACACGCUUCUGAAACUUCUGUCAACAAGAAAAAGAGCCUGUACAGCCCAUUCAAGGCACACAAACCCACGCUUGACAAAAGCUCAAUUGUGCAACUUGUUGAAGAAUUGUUCCCUCAACGCAAAGUCCUCGGUAAAAUUGUUUACAACCCCACUACAACGUGGGAAACGCUUCAGAUUGCGCAAUUGACCGGUUUGAGACCGGAACAUUAUGAGGAGUUUGAAAUAAUCAGGUCUCGUUUCAUUACUCAACAACAAGAACAGUCGUAUUUCACGGACCGAGUAAGAUACAUUCCCAUGAUCCCUCAGCUUCCACAAGAAUACAUCAACAGCCUCCUAGAGAUCAAGAUUCCCUACACUCAUGUUAUAGCAUUCUUGCAAAACUUGGAUGAGGGCAAUGUAGCUGAAGAUAGGUUAUUGUGGGGUGGAGUGGGAGGUAUAUAUACUGAUGACUCCGACAUACUACAUGUAUUGGCACAUCAAGGGUUCUUCGAUAACACCAUCGAUCUCAGUGAGUGGAACGACAGCUGGACGAUGCAACAGCCAGUACCAGAAGAUUUCAAAGGUGAUAUUUCGGUUACCGUACUUCUUCUUCCCCCUUUACCUGCCUACCACGGAUUCUACGCCAACGAUAUCAACUCACGAACCUGGUCAGGUCCCAAUAUCCACAACGGGCUCUCCAUUGCCUUGUUUAAUGUUGAAUGGGGAGCACCAGGGACGUGCUACAUGGACCAAAAUAUUGUGAAACGAUUGCGGAACGAGAUGAGUUACGAUAGAGAACAAAAAAGGGAACUAAAGAAACGGGAAUGGUCCUUUGAUCACGACUAUUACAAUAAGGUCAAGAGAAAGACUGCUGAAACCGAAGUCACCGAACCCUAG